AAAAAUUGAAGCCAAGUUUUGGAAAUUAGUAUAAUGGAGGAAAUAUCGUUUUUCCCUUUAUAAAUACCCUUCUCUGAGUCCCCCUUGCUUCCAUUUUCUGCAUAUCUUCUUGUUUAGAUUGUGGAAAAGAAAAGAAGUCUAAGAAAAAACCCAAAAGCUGCAACUAUGGCCUAUGAAAACAAACCCAACACGGUCCUGGACGCUGAUGCCCAAAGAAGAUUGGGAAGGGGAAAGAUCGAGAUCAAGCGGAUCGAAAACACCACCAAUCGUCAAGUCACCUUCUGCAAAAGGCGCAAUGGUUUGCUCAAGAAGGCCUAUGAGCUCUCUGUGCUCUGUGAUGCUGAGGUUGCUCUCAUAGUCUUCUCUAACCGUGGCCGCCUCUAUGAGUAUUCAAACAACAGCAGUGUUAGAGAAACAAUUGAACGAUACAAGAAGGCAUGUGCAGAUUCUUCAAAUAAUGGAUCUGUCUCUGAAGCUACUACUCAGUACUAUCAGCAAGAAGCUGCCAAACUGCGUGCCCAGAUAACCACUUUGCAGAACAGUAACAGGGGUUAUAUGGCUGAGGGUUUGAGCAAUAUGUCUAUCAAGGAGCUCAAGGGCGUGGAGACCAAACUUGAGAAAGCAAUUAGCAGAAUUAGAUCCAAGAAGAAUGAGCUCUUGUUUGCCGAAAUUGAGUACAUGCAGAAAAGGGAACUUGACUUGCACAACAAUAACCAGCUCCUCCGAGCAAAGGGGCAGAUAGCUGAUAAUGAGAGGCACCAGCAAAGCAUAAAUGCCAUUGCAGGUGGGCAUGGAAGCUACGAGAUCAUGCAGCCGACUCAGCCAUUUCAUGAGGCUCGCAACUAUUUUCAAGUGAAUGCUUUGCAACCCAAUAUCCAUCAGUACUCGCGCCAUGACCAGAUUUCCCUUCAAUUAGUUUGAUAUAUGUAUGCUUGGCCUGGUUUCUGCUGACUUCAUCUUCAAUGGAGGGUGCAUAUGUGUAAUGGCAACAGAUGAAAGCUAGCUAGCUACAAGUAGCACUUUGUUAAGUAGGAGUUAAGCAGAAACCAACUUCGCUUUGUGGUUAAUUAAUUAAAAAACCUCUCCCACAGUUAGUACUGGCAUUACACCAAGUACUAAAAGGGGAUAUCUUGUUUGUAUAAUUAUUACUGAAUGCUGCAGCAAUAUGUUCUAAGAUUCUGUGAGAUACACUUUUAACAGUUGAAUUCAUCAUUGAUCUUUUAUAAUAUUUGGUUUGCAUAUUUAUUAUGUCUGA